UUUAAACCUUAUGAUCGUAUGAGUAUAAAUUAAACUAUAAAAACUAAUACUUUAUUUAAAGGUUUUCAACUUGUUAUAUAAACUUAGAAUUUGAAAAAUGUUAUUAAAUUGUUGUACAAAUAUUUUCCUGUUAUAGAAUAUUAUUAAAUAAAAUGAAAAUUGCUAUUGAAGGUUGUGCUCACGGUGAGCUACAACAAAUAUAUAAUACAAUAGAACUUAUUGAAAAACGUAACAAUAUAAAAGUUGAUUUACUUAUAUGUUGUGGUGAUUUUCAAGCCACAAGAAAUAAUGAUGAUUUAUUGUCAAUGGCUGUUCCUUUAAAAUAUAGACAAAUGUGUACUUUUUACAAAUAUUAUACUGGAGAGUUAGUUGCACCUGUUUUAACUUUAUUUAUUGGUGGAAAUCAUGAAGCUUCUAAUCAUUUACAAGAAUUAUCUUAUGGGGGCUGGGCGGCACCUAAUAUAUAUUAUAUUGGUUUAGCAGGAGUAAUUAAUGUUGGUGGUAUUCGUAUUGGAGGCUUAUCUGGUAUUUACAAUUCGCAUGAUUAUAUGCGAGGUAGACAUGAACGACUACCAUAUACUGAUCAGACAAAAAGAAGUAUAUAUCACGUGCGGCAGUUAGAAGUAUUUCGAUUAAAACAAUUAAAGAAACCUAUUGAUAUUAUGCUUUCACAUGAUUGGCCUCAGGGAAUUGAACAGCAUGGUAAUUUAAAACAGUUACUUAAAUUUAAACCUUUUUUUGAAACAGAUAUUAAUGAAGGUAAAUUGGGUAGUAAGCCUGCAAGAGAAUUAUUAGAUAUAUUAAAACCAAAAUAUUGGUUUGCUGCUCAUCUUCAUUGUAAAUUUGCUGCCGUAGUAAAUCAUUCAUCUGAUGACAAUGAAGAAAAAAAUGAAAAAUACACUAAAUUCUUAUCACUUGACAAGUGUUUGCCAAAAAAAAGAUUUUUACAAAUUUUAGAUGUUCCACAUAAUGAUUCUAAACCAAUUGAAUUAACAUAUGAUCUAGAAUGGCUUUCUGUCUUGCAUCUUACCAAUCAUUUGUUAAAUAUUAAUAAAAAUAUUUAUUAUUUACCAGGACCAUCUACUUUAGAAAGGUAUGAUUUUACACCAACAGAAGAAGAAAUGUUAACGGUUCUUAAGAUGUUUUCAAAUGAUUUGGUAAUUCCAAAAAAUUUUAUAAGUCUUGAAAAUUAUAAAACUAAAACCAACCCUCAGACUACUAAAUUUUGUGAUCAACUAAGUAUUGAUGAUCCUCUUGCUUUAGUAUUGGGUCAGUGGACUCGUUCUAGUUUAUCCCAAAAUGAUCAAGAAAUGGAUUCUACAUUUUCAUCAUUUAUUAACUCUACUGUAUGUUCUUAUGAUGAAGAAGAUUGUAUAGAAGAAAUGUCAAAACAAUUACCUAUGUCUCCAUUUGUAUUACCUGAACCAAAAAAUGAUACCAACUAUACAAAUAAUGAUGAUUCAUUGUUAAAUAAUAGCUUAUUAGUCUCUAAUAUGUCGUCAGAAGAACCCAAUACAAAAUCUAAUCAAUCACAAGAUACCAUUGAUGAAGGUUAUGUAAAUAUUGAAAUUCAGAAUUCAAAGACAAAAACUAAAUGUUUGAAAAGAAGAAAUUAUCAACAUACUAACGACAAUGAUAGUGAAUAAUAGUUUAAAGUUGUCGUUAAUAGCUUCUUCUAAGGAUGUAUGGUGUCUUGAUUUGAUGAUUUACCUCAAAUUUGGUUCAAGACCCUCGAUGAACGUGGU